AGGACAGCUGACCUCAGGCUUUUUCCGCCCCCCUAAUCUUGGCUGGCCAGAGCCUAGCUCUUCCCAGAAUUAGCUCAGCUUCCCCAUCCUCCACCCCAAGCUUCGGACCCUGGGGAUAAAACGGGCCUGGAGAGUCUUGGGAGCCACUGGCCCGCAAAGCCCCAGCUCCGACUGCCCUUGCACGCUCGGCUUCUGCGGCACCUGCUGGACAUGAGCGUCGGAGCGCGUUCCCGCGCCCCCAGCCCCUGGCGGGGCGCACAGCGGCUGCUCCUGGGGCUGCUGCUCCUGCCAGCUGGGGUCGCCCUCCGCACAGUGGACCUGGAAGGAGGAGAUGAGGACCUGCGCUGCGUGUGUAUGAAGACCACCUCCCUAGUCCGUUCCAGGCACAUCAGCAGCCUGGAAGUGAUUGGAGUCUCAGACCACUGCCCCACCCCCCAGAUGAUAGCUUCGCUGAAGGAUGGGAGGAAAAUAUGCCUGGACCCGAAUGCCCCCCUGUACAAGAAAAUAAUCAGGAAGCUUUUGAAGAGCUAGCUACUUAGCUGCCUGACUCUGUACCUUUUCGACAGAGCAUGUUUUUUGUUUUUGUUUUUUCAUUUGCAAGCUAACUGUGGAAGAAUCUUCUGAUUGGUUUUAUGAUCUUUCAAAUUCUAAAUAAAUACAAUAAAUCGACUUGUGGUAUAGUCAAACUAUUUCUUAAUAGAGCAAAGAAAUAGUGUCCUCAUGUAACAGUUUCAUUUUAAAAAAUCUCCAGAAUUUUAAGCAAAAAUAAAUUUGAAGGAAAGUUUGGCUUAAUAAAGAUUGCUUCACUUGGUGUUAUGCGUUGGCUGAUACGUAUUUACAUAACUGCGUUACUUCAUUUAUUUACAUAUUAAUGUUAUAAUUAGCUUCGCCAGUAAAUAUUAAUCACACUUAACCGUUAUUGGCUUUUUAAAUCAAAGAAAGGUAAUUAUCAGAUGGUUUCACUCAUGUGGAAUAUGA